AUGCUGACUAACAUUGUGAAUUUUGUUAGUGCUUCUGCUAAGCGCCGUAAUGAGUUAAACUUAAUUCGAAAAACUGAACUCAAUGAGUUGUUGGAUUCUGGAGAACUUGAGACAGGUAAAGGACUUAAUCAAACUCGUACUUUGAAACGAGCUGGAGCAACUCGUUGGGGAUCUCAUUUUGCCUCUAUUACAAGUUUGAUGAGUCUAUUUAAAGAGACUAAAUUACUUCUUUUGGAAAUCAGUGAUCAUGGACCUAACCAACAGUUUCGUGGCGAUGCAGAGAGUAACUAUAUUGCUAUGAUGUCUUUUGAAUUUGUGUUUUCAUUGGUUUUGAUGGAGAAAAUUAUGGGAUUGACCAAUUUUCUUUGUCAAGCAUUUCAGACGAAAACUCAAGACAUUGUAAGUGCUUUAAAUUUUGUUGAGAACACAAAAAUGCAACUUGAAGAUAUGAGGGAAAAUGGUUGGGAUGAUUUUUUCAUGAGUGUGGUAUUAUUUUGUGAACUACAUUGUGUUGAUGUUCUUGAUAUAGGUGGUCGUUAUAUGACGGGCAUACGUCGUUCUUGCCAACAAAAAGAUUUUAUUACAAUUGAGCAUGCCUAUCGCAUUGAUGUAUUUAAUGAUGUUAUAGAUUGCAUGAUGAGGGAGUUAAAGGAUAGAUUUCCUGAGCAAACAGUUGAACUUCUUAUUCUUAGCUCAGCAUUGGAUUCGCGUAAUUCUUUCAUGUCAUUCAAUAUUGAGCAUAUAUGUAAACUUGCUCAGAAAUUCUAUCCUGCUGAUUUCCUUCCUCAUGAGUUGAAAGCUUUAGAAGUAGAGCUCAAAUAUUUUCAGAAUGAUAUAAAACGUCUUCCAUGCUUUAAGGAAAUCACUACUCUUCCUCAGUUGGUUCGGUUGGUGUUGACUCUUCCUAUUUCUACAGCAACAACGGAACGAGCUUUCUCAUGUAUGAGAAUUAUUAAGAAUCGACUUCGAAGCACCAUAAGUGAUGAAUUUCUUGGUGAUUGUAUGAUCCUCCACAUUGAAAGAGAGUUUGCCAAUGCUAUUGACAAUGCAUCCAUAAUUGAGGAAUUUAAGAGUUCUAAGCCUCGUAGGUUUUUGUAUUUGUAG